AUGAAGUUCAACAUUGCGAAUCCCACAACGGGGUGCCAGAAAAAGCUCGAAAUCGACGAUGAUCAGAAGCUCCGAGCAUUUUUUGACAAGAGGAUCUCACAGGAGGUUAAUGGAGAUGCUCUUGGAGAGGAAUUUAAAGGCUAUGUUUUCAAAAUCAUGGGAGGCUGCGACAAGCAAGGAUUCCCCAUGAAACAGGGAGUGUUAACUCCUGGCCGCGUCCGUCUCCUGCUCCACAGAGGGACACCAUGUUUCCGUGGAUAUGGUAGGCGCAAUGGAGAACGGAGGAGGAAGUCUGUGCGGGGGUGCAUUGUCAGCCCAGACCUUUCUGUUCUGAACUUGGUUAUUGUGAAGAAGGGCGAGAAUGAUCUUCCUGGGCUAACUGACACGGAGAAACCAAGAAUGAGAGGUCCAAAGAGGGCAUCCAAAAUUCGUAAACUCUUCAACCUCUCCAAGGAGGAUGAUGUUCGAAAGUAUGUCAACACGUACCGUCGAUCAUUCACUACAAAAUCUGAGAAGAAGGUCAGUAAAGCUCCCAAGAUACAGAGAUUGGUCACUCCGUUGACUUUGCAGAGGAAACGAGCCAGAAUUGCAGACAAGAAGAAAAGAAUUGCAAAGGCCAAGUCUGAGGCAGCUGAGUACCAGAAGCUCCUUGCUACCAGAUUGAAGGAGCAGAGAGAGAGACGUAGUGAGAGCUUAGCCAAGAAAAGGUCCAGGCUUUCUGCUGCUUCCAAACCAUCUGUUGCUGCUUGA